AUGGUGCCAGCAAAACUUGCCUGGAUCGGAUUGGGAAAUAUGGGUCGUGGGAUGUGCAAGAACAUCAUUCAGAAGUCACCAUAUUUCCCACCCCUUCUGGCCUACAAUAGGACCAUUACUCGAGCCCAUGAAUUUGUGGACUCCUUGAACAGCAACGGCUGCCAAGUGGCCAGCACUGUUGCCGAAGCCGUCCAAUCCGCAGAUCUAAUUUUCACAUGUCUCAGUGAUGACGCUGCCGUCGAAAAUAUCGCCUUAGCAUCAACGGAAAGUGGUCCGAUUGCCGGCAAGCUUUUCGUUGAUUGUUCCACCAUUCAUCCAGAUACUGCCCGCAAAGCCAGGGACAUGUUCGGCGCACAUGGGGCAUCAUUUGUUGCGUGCCCUGUUUUCGGGCCACCAUCUUUCGCAGGUUCAGGACAACUGAUUUGUGUGCUUGCCGGAACCCAGGAGAAUAUCCAAAGAGUGAAGCCGUACACCACAGGUGUGAUGGGGCGAGCCAAUAUUGAAUUCAUCGGCGAGGACGUUGGCCAAGCAUCCAAAAUGAAACUACUUGGUAAUUCAUUUGUUCUGAGUUUUGUGGAGAAAUUGGGGGAGGGGAUGGUUUUGGCUGAGAAGUCAGGCGUUGGCGUUGAUCCGCUGAUACAAUGGCUCGAGCUUAUGCUCCCUGGAGUGUUGCCAGCUUAUGCUAUGCGCAUGAAAUCGGGUGAGUACCACCGGAAAAAGGACCCCCUUUUUGCGGCAAAUCUGGCGCGUAAGGAUGCUCGUCAUGUAUUAGAUAUUGCUCAGAGCGUUGAAGUGAGCAUGAAGAGUGUAGAACUCGCUGAGCAUUACCUAAGAGAAGUUGAAGAGUACACCAUGGGAGGGGACAUCACGGCUAUGUACGGAGCAAUCCGGAGAGAGGCUGGUUUGCCAUACGAAAACAAUUGA